AUGAAGGCGAAAGAGUUGGCGGAGAACGAUGAGGACAAGUCCCCUGCCUCCCAGAACAGUGAGCAAGAGAAUGUGGCAGUGACAUAUUGGACUCUGCUGAAGUUCAAGGCCCGGCUUGACCAAAUGCGCGACUGCUUUGAUGAGAAGCAGAGGCAUGGAAGGUGGAGUGGAAGCGGCGACUGCCUACGCGAUCCAUGGAUGGAAACAUCAAUCGUGGAGUUGCGGCAACGGCUCAUUGCCCAUGUGGAUGCCGAGUCAAAGCGGAGGAAUGCCAGCAAAGCCACCAUUCCCAGCCUUCCGGUUUCGCCACGGGAAAAGGACAAACUGGUGAAGGCAGUUUCGACUCACCCUGGCCAAGUACGCUUUGGUUCCAAGGCUUCAAUCUUUUCGGCCGCAACUCCGAACAGUUCCAACAACCAAAGCAGUAGAGAACUGAUCAAGGUGAAACCGCAGCAGACUUUGGGGCGGCGUGUGGCUCCAAAGGGUAUUGAGAUGACUGGGCCCACCCCGGGGCCAAAGGUGCCCCGGGCGCCCAGUACAUCGAGCACGGCAAAAGUGCCAGUGGUUUCGGAGGAUCCCCCAAGACGGCUGCUGCGACCAGAUCGACUGGCGUCGUUUGACAUGGACGAUGAGCUUGACAAGGACAAUGUUUCCAGCGUCAACAUUUCCAACAAGAACCAGACGAUCAAUGGCAGUUUCAAGGAAAAGGAAGAUUCGGAGAUGGUUCGUAGGUGCCUACCUGCGCGGAUUGAUGCCUUACUACCUCAGGAGAUGGCCCUCUGUUUCGAACAUGAGCUAUGGCAGAUGUUGCUGUCAACGGCAGGGGAAGCAUCAAGGACGACUGUGGAGGCAAGCGCGGAACGUUGGCGCUCUGCAUACAUCGCCCUGCGAGGUGGCCUUCGAUGCUUGUGGGAGGCGUUGCAAGGAUUUGAAGCUCGCCUGUCAGCACGAGAGCUGUGCGUUGGUUCCGACGGUGCCACUGUGGUUCUCGGUAAGGAGCGUCGCAACGAACUGCAAGGUCAUUUUAGCAGCGACUUGGCAGAGCUCUUUGCCUCGGCCAUGCCCAGCUGCGCGAAGAUUGCGCAGGUGCCAGAGAGCAUCGUGGAGGAGGCAGAGAAGCACCUCACCUGUGUCAUGGAGGCCUGGGAUGCAGUCUUGACCUGUAAGACGCAAAUCACUGAUCUCUACAUGGACAACGACGAACUUUCAAAGCGGAGGUUGGAAGAUCUGACCCAGGAUGCUGCAAAGAUCUUAGACUCAGAGCAGGAAAUCCUUCUUGAAGAGAAGGAUGCCAAAUGCGUGCGUGAUUUUUUGUUGGGAGCAUCCAAAUGUUCGGAGUUUCCAGAAGCUUGGCAAGCAAUCCUUCGAAGACUGCGACAAGAUUCCCGCUUCAAGUCAACCUGGGCAACAGUGGCAGGAAGUGUGCUGGAAGAGCUAAAAGAUGUCGGACGGAAAGAAGAGUCUGCUGCAAGGCGCAUUCAGCGUAUUUGGCGGCAGCAUGUGAUGAGUCGGCAGGAACUUCUAAAAAGCGGCAGCUUUACCGACGCUCACGAGAAGCCUGUUGGCAAGGUUCCGUCGCUGACCGUUGGCAAGGUUCCAUCGCUGACCGUUGGCAAGGUUCCAUCCCUGCCUGUUGGCAACACUCUAUCACAAAAGUCUGACAAGACCCUAGUCCGGAGCAGUUGCAAGAGCAGGAGCAGCAUGUUCACAACGAGGUCCGCGAGAUGGUCCCAAGCCCAUCUUUUUGACCAUCGGGUGGCAUGGUAUCCGAGAUCUGCGCCGGCUACCUCACCGGAAGAGAUCAGCAUUCAUUUGUUGACGGAAGGACUCAGCAUCAUGUGCAUGGAAACUCCAACCAUCGAAGCAGUGACACAGUUUCAUCGUAGAUGCACUGCCUUGGAUGCCUUGAAACUUGAAGCGAUCACAUCUCCCAGUGAAGCGGUGGCAUUCUGGCUGAACAUCCGAAAUCUAUCGGUAAUCAUUGCAUUGCUACAGCUGUAUAUCCAACCGCUCCUGAAACUCCCCAACAGCUAUGAAGAGUGGAUCGCUUGUCUCUGUGGCACAUCUCUCUUUGUUCGUGGCCGAGCACUUGGACCUGCUGACAUCGACCACGAUGUUUUGGGCAUUGGCCAACUGUCCUUGCUUCCACCACCUUCGCGGCUGAGUUUGGUCACUUUGGUCGAGACUCAGCCGACAAAAAGCUUGAUGCCAUGGCCCAUCUUUGGUUUAUGGCUUCCCAUUGCAUUUGGAUCUCCCAAAGUCCACAUUUUCAAGGCUGAGACCGUUGUGGAGCAGCUGCGUUCCAGUGCUGAAGAUUUCCUGGAAAGUUGCAGGUUUGAUGAGUCGACCAAUGGGUACCCGGGACUCGAAUUGCCACCAACACUGAGAUCUACCGCUGCUACUUGGCAGCCUUUGCUGAAAUCCAGAGGAUCCUUCUCUUUAGCAUUUCAAACACGUGCUGUGGACUGGACCUUCAAAGUUGAGGAAAAAGCGAGUGCCCUGUUCAUUGCAGGGGGAUACUCUUUUAAGGGCGACGUCUUCCAGGAUCCGUCUGACCCUUUUCCAAUUGCGCUACGCUUUGGUAGCUCUUUGGAGAUCUGGUGCUCCCGCAGCUGUGCCUGCAGUGUGGGCAAAUUCAGCGUCAGCAAGCGCGUCGGCUUCGGAGACCACGCGCCAAGGUUCUUGAGGAUGUUCAAAGACACCGAAACCUUGCACACAAGCCAAGGAAAAGAGGAGCUCCAUGGAGAAGAGGAGGAGUUCGUUGCCUGCGGAGCUGAGCGACUCUUUGAAGGCCCUGUGGGGAGUGCGCAACUGCGAGACAAAAGCGAGAAAGAGGAGUUGUAUCGCCUCAGGAUAGACUACUUGCAGCAGCAGAUCGACCUCUAUCGCACUGCUGGGGUCACAACCUUAGCCAAGCUUAGCAGUGGGCACAGCUCAAUGCCGCGCAGUGAUAGCCGAAGUGUUGAUCGCCGUAGGAAGCCACCACCAAGACGAGAUGAUAGCCGCCGGCGAGAUAGCCGAGACCGAGGACGCGGCAGGUCAGACUCACGAGGUGGAAGAAGCUGGCAACAAAAGAUGUAUGACCGCUACAAUGUAGAUGAAGCAGCGCAGCGGAAGCUAGGAAUGUUGCCCCCGGAACAAGCAGACACGCUUCUUCGCAACCUGGAGACAGGAAACAUUCGAAAUCCAUCAGCCUUUAUCAUGAAAGCUGAGGUCGUGACGGUCGAGACCGCGACGGCCGCGAUGGUGGCCGUGACCGUGGCCGCUAUGCAUCGCGGUCCAGGUCGCGGUCACGGCGCUGAGGCUCAAGUCCGUCUCAUGAGCCACGGACGUCAGAAGUUUCUGGGAUAUCAGCUGUCCGGGACACUCAGACUGGCCAUUGGCCACCCUUCGCCACCUGGAGCAGGCAGCGACAACCUUCUUUGGACCAAGGGCCCUGGCCAUGUAGUGAACGCAGUGCGAGCUGAUGGAGUGAGCACAGAGUGCAGUGCUUACCUCCGUGGCUACCUCCGUGGCACCGGUGGCACCGGUGGCACCGGUGGCACCGGUCCAUAUGGUCUCUGCCAGAGAGCUGUGGUCGCCACGAGGGUUGUGGUUCGAGAACCACUCACGAACUCUCCAGAGAGAGGUCGUGAUCGAGAAGCUCAGCUACAGCCAUUGGCAAAAGUCAUUUAUCCCACUGUUGGGCCCGUUCACAAUGUGCAGCCCAUCUUGGUACCUGCAGUGGCUCCUCAAGUGAUGGUUCUGCGACAAGGGCAGGCCAAGGAGCCCCUUGCAGUCAAAGCCUCACCGAUCCGAGCGGCACUGCCUGAAUCACGGGCGGGAGCCUAA